AUGAACACUGUAGACUACCUACUCUACUACCCUCCUCAACCAUGGCAUUCCGUAAUCCAUUGUUGUUGCGAUGGCUUGGUUAUUAUCCAGGUUACUUAUAAUGUUGAUGGUAAACGCUCCAUGCUUUUGCUAUGGAACCCUUCCACGAGAGAAUCAAUAGUACUUCCUAAUCCAGAAUUAACUUUGAAGGGAGAUUCCCUUUUGGGAUUGGGUUAUGACUCAACUAGUGGUGGCUAUAAGAUACUUAAAGUUCGCACGGAUAUAGAUGGUCACAAAGUACCUAGUGAAAUUCUCUCGUUGAAAAGUGGUUCAUGGAGAAACAUUGAUAAACAUCCUCGUGGCAUUUCCAAUGUGUUGCGUGGUUUGCAUUCUUUGGCAUUUAUACACGAUACAUUUCAUUGGAUUGGUAUCUUUGGAAAUUAUCCUGUGGUUCCAAGAAAUUAUUCUCUGGUUUCGUAUAGCAUUUCUAAUGAAGUGUACAAAGACAUACCAUUGCCAAGGCAAACAUUAUGCUUGAGGGGCAACAUCACUUUUGGCGUUUCAGUAUUAGAAGGAAUGCUUUGUGUUCAUUGUAGUUCUAUUCAGAAGAAGGAAACUUUUAAGUUAUGGGUGUUGAAAGACUAUGGUGUCAAGAAAUCUUGGAAUGCAUUGCUUACUGUAGAAGAACCUUGGAUUUGUAAUAUCCAACCAAAAUAUAGGUUUGCGAUCGGCAAAUUGCUAUUCUGGUGCUAUUACUCUCAAUGUCGUGGAAAUGCAUUUCGGACUUCUAGUGCACCAUUUGUAUUAUGGCCUCGAGGUGACAUUCAGCAUGGAAUCGCUUUUACAGAAAGCUUGAUCGCUCCAAAAUUACUUAUUUAUUAG